AUGUUUUCUAAAAAAUCAAUUAUUAUAAUUGCGACAAGAAUUAAAAAAAAGAAAAGAUUGAAAAUAUGGAGAGAUUCAAAAGAAAAAAAGAUAUAUAAAUUUAAAAAAAUACAAAAAAUAAUAAAAAAAUUUAAAUUGCAUCUAUCAUAUUGUUAUUCUACUUUUGAUAAACUAAACCAUAAUAGAAAAAAAAUUGGAUUUAUAUUUUGGAUUGGAAUACUGUAA